AUGCGUCGUUCCAAUGGCAUGUGUAACGCUUCGCGCGGAUCGGUGGACGUCCAAUGGCGCCGAGGUGUAGGACGUGGUGGACGUGGUGGACGUGCUUUGGGUCCUUGGGAGAGGGAAGUGUCGUGGGCCCACUUUCGCUGUCGUGGCAGGAUAAGACUGGGUAGCGCCAGAGGCCCGAAGCGCUGGCGACAGCCUGGCACUUAUACCGAGCCCCAGCUGCCCGCCCGAGCCCCAGUGGAUACAGUCACGUGCGCUGCCAAGAGUCAUGUGACCUCAGCUAUGCGUCACAGUAAUCAUCGAAUAGUUAGGCUGAUCGGCUGUAUUCUAUCCAAGGGCAAGUUGACGUGCUUGACGGAGAAGCGUCCAAAAGCCAACCAGCCGAGAAUGACACAAAACACUUCACCUACUAUGUCCAAGCGGACUUCGUUGGCAGCGAAUGGCGCGAACAAGACCUCGAAUCCUAAAGUGUCCUCCAUUAAAUGCUUACGUCAAACAGAAUCCGAGACAUUCUCCCCUUCCUUCUACCUCUCAUCAGUACGCUCCGAUCGACUCAGUAUUGUCAAUACAUCUCGCUCCAUCAUUCUGGAGAGUCCUGCUUCCAGGUCCCAAAUACCUCCAAUUGUACGGCGGCGUCACUGUAAAUCGAUACAUGCGUCCGGAAAGGUUCUCAGCGCCGUACAGGAAUCCAUCAGGAGAAGCAUAGACCGCGCCAAAGUUGAUACGGUUGACACCCUCUCGAUCGUUGGUCCAAGGUCAGCGAAUCUCGGGAGUCAGCAGCUGCGCUACAAUGCAAUAAUCAUCGCCAGCGUACGGCACGUAAGCCCAAUCAGCGAAGAAGUACUGAGGCUCAUUGGGGUAUUCGCCGCCGGUGAAGCCUCCACCGGUGAAUUGGCCUUGGUCGACGAUACUGCCAUAACUGCUCGUACCGUUGUUGAGAUUGAUGUGUAUCCACCAUCCAGCGGUAUUACCAUUGCUUUUAUCACAACGAGUCAGCCAGUGCAAACCGAGCCAGCGCACCAAUUCCAACUUACGGCCCCGCAGUACGCAGACCCCAGUACUGGCAAUUCUGGUGCCUGGGAGGAACUGCUGUGGGACAAGAUCCGAUCCAAAUCGAAUGAUUCGGUUGACGGAGUCGGCUCCAUAGAUCAGCCCAUCGCAACGGUUGUACCCGAUAGCCUGAACGUUUGCAUCCCACUGGAUGGUACCCGCGGGCGUAAGGAUACCAGUAUCCAUCUCGACCGUGACUGGGAUGGCAAGUUGACACUGUUUGUGGUGGCCGUGGCUGUGUUUCUCUUACUAGGCGGUGGCGGUGUCGAAAUGACCCUGGAAGAACUCGAUGACGACGAGGUCCGAUUGAACCUGCGAGUGCCAGAGAGUAUGAGUUGGCGCAAGAACAGAGAAGCGCCGAUCAAGAGUGAAGGCGCGCAGUAUAAGCAGGAUGAUGAACUGCCACGUUCGCAAAACAGAGAGAGCAGCUCGCGUGACAAGAAUGGCUGGAUUUCGAAAUUGUUCAUCCGCGAGCGCCUCACGAAGCAAAAUCUGGUACACGCCUGCUGUAUUUUUCAUCUCCGAGCAAAGACGAGCUGCCAAGUCUCUGUUCAUGAAGCCGAGGCGGCGAACGGGCAACUCCAAGCGCUGAAAGAGAAGUCGGGUCGUGCUCACCGUGCUCGUGGUAGUGGUGGGAUUUGUCGUAGUAGUCUUUCGCUCCAAGUCAGCAGAUGCAGAGUACGAGGAAAAGCGAAGACUCUGUCUUUGCUAUCCUUCAAGAAGCGGGUAAAAGGUAGGCAGGCUUACAGUCCUGUGAUCGAUGUCAGUAAGAUACAGAAUCUUGAGCCGAUGAAAGACUUACGUGGUAGUCGGCGAUGGAGUAGUAGUCGUGCUGUCCACAGGUCAGUUGGGAUUCAAGAAAUAAAUCAACGAAAGACGCAGAUGCGCACCAUGAUUCCUCAGGGAUUGUGCUAUCCACAAGUCAGCAGAGUUCGAAGAUACAGCAAGAGCCGCAGAUGCGCACGUAGUCGUCCUACAGAGAGUCAGCAAAAUACAGCGUCAAGCAAGCGCGAGUACAUACGUUGUAGUUGGAGAAGCAACACACGCGAUCGAUUCAAGAGGCACUUCAUCCGCGUACGUAGUCGUGCUAUCGAAGAGUCAGUCGAGCUCGGGAUUGAGAACUCAAAGCAAGCAUUAGGCACUUACGUAGUAGUCGGGGAUGGCGUGGUCGUGCUGUCAAAGGUCAGCAGGCGCAAGAAAGACGAACUGCGAUGCGCCAUACCGAGGCAGCCAAGGAGUUUGCAAGAAGUGAUACUUACGUGGUGUCUGGGAGAGACUAAGGCGAUGCUUCCGACAUGCUCAAGCUUCAAAACCCUUUUCAAUAGAGGCAAUACUUACGUGGUAUCUGGGAAUGAGCUGCUGCAGCAGCGGAAUCGAAAUUUUGCGUACGUUGUCGUGCUGUUACAGAAGUCAGCGAAGGUCAGAUUCAGAGCGGAUGGAACACAUACGUGGUGGUAUCUGGCUGAGACGUGGUGCUGGCAGAAAGUUAGCAAGGCAUGGCGGUACGAAACAAUCUUUGCGUACGUAGUCAAUCAUGACGGAUCAUCAUACAUACGUCGUCGUGACAGGCGGUAUCACCGUAAGCUGAUCGACCUUGAUCGCAGCAACCUUGCGCGAAUCAAAAUCACCAUCGAAUUGGAUGCCUUCGCCAACAACGCCAGUGCCUUUGAAGUAGCAGUCACCAGCGCCAUUGCCAAAAGAGUUGGUUGCACCGAGCCAGGUAAAGCCUUGGCAGCCAGCGAUGCCAUCACACUGGAUGUAGCACUCCUCGAACGAAAGAGCACGAGCAGUCGUGGUGUACAUGUUGCCGGCUGGACGGCCAGUCCAGUGCUGCCACCGAAAGAUCUAACACCAUCGGCGAAGGCGCAGGUCGGAGCUGGCGCCGCGCUUGAACUGCUUUCGCUUGAACUGCUUGUCGUAGUUGUUGAUGUCGUGGUAGUUAUUGUUGUAGUAGUAGCUUCUGCUGACGAAAUCGAAGAAGAUUCGCUUGAUGAAGCAGACGAAGAGCUCGAUGAUUCGCUUGAUGAUUCGCUUGAUGACGACGAGGAAGAGAUGCUCGAUUCACUCGAAGAUGCAGAGGAAGAGGCACUCGAUGACGAGCUGGACUCUGAUGAGACCGAGCUUGAGGUGCUACUGCUUUCGCUCGAGACCGAAGAGCUUUCGCUCGAGGUAGAGCUUGGUUCGAUCGGAGACGAGCUGGACGAAGUUGUAGUCUGCAUAACCAUUAGCGAGCUUCCUUUGUGGUAA